AUGGCAUCUUCCCCUCUAUUGAACAUCAUCGGACAUAAUCACGUAUUAGGUAUGCCACUACUCCAGAGAAGAUGCGAUCAAAACCGUCAACAAGCCUUACUACAGGAGCUGCUUACGCUCUCUGAUGAUGAGCAGUAUCCGGCUCUCAUAUUCGGGCUGAAUGCCGGCGCCGGUGGCCAGGAGUAAAUGCUAUUCGCCCAGGAACUGUACGAAAUGUACACCGGCAACUUCGACCACAGGGGCUGGGAUUGGGAGGAGUUUGACGGCGAGAGCACCGACAUCGGUGGUCUGCGGCACGCCAGUCUGAUGGUGAGCGGCGAUGAUGCCUUUCGUUGGUUGCGCUUUGAGGCUGGAGUUCACCGGGUACAGCGGGUCCCGGCCACCGAAAAGUCUGGACGCAUGCACACCAGCACCGCCUCGAUUACCGUGAUUCCCCAGCCUGCCGACAUCCAAGUGCACAUCGCUGAGAAGGAUCUGAAGAACGAGACGAAGCGGGCGAGUGGAGCUGGUGGACAGCAUGUGAACACCACCGACUCGGCUGUGCGAAUUUUCCAUCUGCCCACGGGUCUGGCAGUGGAGGCGCAAUCGGAACGCUCCCAGCUCAAGAACCGGGAGCUGGCCAUGAAGCGUCUGCGGUCGCGGCUUGUGGAACAGCAGUUGGAGAGCGUUGAGGCUAACAAGAUGGCCACCAAGAAGGCGCAACAGGGAAGUCUCAACCGAAAUGAGAAGAUCCGUACCUACAACUUCGUCCAGGGUCGGAUCACGGAUCAUCGAAUUCAAGGCGGUACGCUGCAAAACCUCGAUGGCUUCCUCAAGGGUGGCGAUCAACUUGGACUCAUAGAGAAGUUGCAAAUGGGACAUCGAAAAGAACGACUAAAGGAGCUUUUGGAAACGUGGGAGCCUCCAAAGGAAGCCAUUAAGGAAAACUAGAGCUAUUGUCGCUUGUUACU